CCACGGCCGAGCAGCCAGCAGGGUGCGCGGCGGAGAGCCGAGGGGGCGGGCUGAGGGGCGGCCCCGGGAGAGCGCGGCCAGGUGGAGGAGGAGCGCGGAGGCCACCGCAGCAUCCACCUGCUCUUCUGCAACCUGAGCACCCUGACUGUGCCACCCCACAGGCCAUGGAGAAUGAGCUGCCAGUCCCCCACACAUCCAGCCGGGCCAGCGUCACCACCAACACCAGUGGGACCAAUAGUAGUAGCGGCUGCGGCGGCGGCAGCAGUGGUGGCAGUGGCCGCCCCACUGCACCCCAGAUUUCUGUGUACAGUGGUAUUCCUGACCGGCAGACUGUGCAGGUGAUCCAGCAGGCCCUACACAGGCAGCCCAGCACGGCAGCGCAGUACCUGCAGCAGAUGUAUGCUGCCCAGCAGCAGCACCUCAUGCUGCAGACUGCGGCCUUACAGCAGCAGCACCUCAGCAGCGCACAGCUCCAGAGCCUGGCGGCAGUACAGCAGGCAAGCCUGGUGGCCAACAGACAAGGAAGUACUUCUGGUAGCAGUGUGUCCUCCCAGGCUCCCGCCCAGUCCUCCUCACUCAAUCUGGCAGCCUCCCCGGCAGCAGCCCAGCUUAUCAACCGGGCACAGAGUGUCAAUUCAGCCACAGCCUCGGGCCUUGCCCAGCAGGCCGUGCUCUUGGGCAACACAUCCUCUCCUGCCCUGACUGCCAGCCAAGCACAGAUGUACCUCAGGGCACAGAUGCUCAUCUUCACGCCCACGGCCACCGUCGCUACUGUACAGCCUGAGCUCGGCACUGGCUCCCCCGCUCGGCCCCCUACCCCUGCCCAGGUCCAGAACCUGACGCUUCGAACACAGCAGACACCAACAGCAGCAGCAGCUUCGGGCCCUCCCCCCAUCCAGCCUGUCCUGCCCAGCUUGGCCCUGAAACCCACACCCAGCAGUAGCCAGCCUCUGCCUGCCCCACCACAGGGCAGGACCAUGGCUCAGGGUUCCCCUGCGGGUACCAAGCCUAGUGGGACUGACAAUGUGCCGGAGCCACUCAAGACAGGAGAUGGCAACAGCAACACGGAGAGCCGGCCUGGGCCUGGCCGGGCAGUUCCUGCUGUGGCUGCUCACCCACUCAUUGCACCAGCUUAUGCUCACCUGCAGCCACACCAGCUCCUCCCACAGCCAUCAUCGAAGCAACCACAACCCCAGUUUGUGGCCCAGCAGCAACCACAGACACCACGGCCUGCACCCCAAGUCCAGUCCCAACCCCAGCUUGCCCCAGUCUCCCCAAGCCUGGCCCUACAGUCCAGUCCAGAAGACCAUGCCAUGCCUCUAGGCCCAGUGACACAGGCCCUGCCUCUCCAGUGCUCUACUGCGCAUGUCCACAAGCCAGGGAGCAGCCAGCAGUGCCAACUUCCCACACUAGACACUGGGUCUCAGCAUGGACAUCCUGAGGGUGGGUCCCAUGCCCCCCAGCGAAGGUUCCAGCACACCUCAGCUGUGAUCUUACAGAUGCAGCCUGCUUCUCCAGUGCCCCAGCAGUGUGUUCCUGAUGACUGGAAGGAAGUGGUGCCAGCAGAGAAGAGUGUGCCUGUGACUCGGUCAGGUCCAUCCCUGCACCAGCAAGCCAUUAUCACUGCCAUACCUGGUGUCCUUCCUGGACCCAAGAGUCCCAGCAUCCAGCAGUGCCCAGCUCACGAGACAGGGCAGGGCAUUGUUCAUGCACUGACCGACCUCAGCAGCCCCGGCAUGACCUCAGGGAACGGAAACUCUGCCUCCAGCAUCGCCGGCACUGCCCCCCAGAAUGGUGAGAAUAAACCACCACAGGCCAUUGUGAAACCCCAAAUCCUGACGCAUGUUAUCGAAGGGUUUGUGAUCCAGGAGGGGGCGGAGCCUUUCCCGGUGGGACGCUCGUCCCUGCUGGUGGGGAAUCUCAAGAAGAAGUAUGCACAGGGGUUCUUGCCUGAGAAGCUUCCACAGCAGGAUCAUACCACCACUACCGACUCAGAGAUGGAGGAGCCCUACCUACAAGAAUCCAAAGAGGAGGGUACUCCCCUCAAACUCAAAUGUGAGCUCUGUGGACGGGUGGACUUUGCCUACAAGUUCAAGCGUUCCAAGCGCUUCUGUUCUAUGGCUUGUGCGAAGAGGUAUAAUGUCGGAUGCACCAAACGAGUGGGACUUUUUCACUCAGACCGGAGCAAGCUACAGAAG